UCCAUAGAAAUACACAAGAGAAUUGGAGCAUUCUCGAUGGCAUUGGAUACCAUCAAUAAGUGCCUCUCCGAGUCGAUAUGUGCCCUUUCACGUGGUCGGUUGGAUGGUGAUAGCCUGACUGCUGGAUUAAUUCAUUCUGCCAACGAAAUUAUGGAAACCUAUAAAUAUAGUUCUGAGAUCAGCCCUCUGGAGAGAGAAAGUGUUAUGGAACAGCAGACUGUUUUAAGGCAGCUUGAGGCAAUCUUAUCUAUACAUAAGUUGGCAAGAUCAGGUCAAUACCUGGAUGCUUUGAGGGAAGUUGCUAAACUCCCAUUCCUUCCGUUAGAUCCACGAGCACCAGAAAUUACCAGUGACGUGUUCCAGAGCUUGUCACCUUAUGUCCAGGCUUGUGUACCCGACAUCUUGAGAAUUGCUCUCACUUGCAUGGACAAUGUGUCAGAUACUGAUGGGUCUCUCCGAGCUCUGAGGGCUAAGAUUGCGAGUUUUCUUGCGAACAACUUGAAGAGAAACUGGCCUAGGGAUCUGUAUGAGAAGGUUGCACGAAGCUUGUGAACCACAAAAGCUAUCCUUGCUCUGGGAGAUGAUUAGAUAGCCUGCAGAAAAACCAGGCGAAUUUAGCUGAUAGACAUCGCAUAUUCUGGAUGUCUGGAUGACUUCAUUUUGAACUCUCGAGAUGGACAGAAUUAAUCCUCGCUGAAGUUCCCGACCAAGUAGCUGCUUACAUAUGUUUUUUGUCUUAAAGGUUAGACGAGGAUUUGGCCGUAUGGGUUUUGACAUAUCUUCCUGAGGGAACUCAAACUUGUAUGUUUUUGCUUGUCGGUGACUAGGGGGAAAGGAAGAGAACUUGGGAAGUGGUCGUUGUGUAAAUGAGUAUAGGGGCAUAGAGGAAACACUUGAGGCAAUCUGUGAUAUGGCGUUUUGCCUCAUACGCCGAAACAUCUGGUUACGAUAAUGCCCCUACCUUUUCACUUGUAAUGCGAGAUUGUUUCAGCACUGACUUAUAGCGCAAGAUUGUUUGUCCA